GGUUGUUUGUUCGCUUUACAUAGACAGAGGGACACAGAUUCUACCAGCCCGUCAAAAAUGGCGAUGGCAAGUAUUGCAAAGAGAAAGGCAUGCUUUUUAACAAGAAACUUAUCAAAUUCUCCAAGUGCUGAUGCUUUGAAGUUGUCUUAUUCACUCACAAAAUUCUCUCUUGGGUUUGCUACCUCAGGAUCUGAAGAGAACGAUGUGGUUGUCAUCGGUGGUGGACCAGGUGGCUACGUGGCUGCUAUUAAGGCUACCCAGCUGGGUCUUAAGACUACUUGUAUUGAAAAACGCGGUACUCUUGGUGGUACUUGUCUUGAUGUUGGUUGUAUCCCUUCAAAGGCUCUUCUUCACUCAUCACACAUGUUCCAUGAAGCCCAACAUUCAUUUGCUAGCCAUGGAGUGAAGUUUUCUUCUGUUGAGGUUGAUUUACCUGCCAUGAUGGCCCAAAAAGACAAAGCCGUAUCUACCCUUACUCGAGGUAUUGAAGGUUUAUUCAAGAAGAACAAAGUCAACUAUGUCAAAGGGUAUGGCAAGUUCAUAUCCCCAUCCGAGGUGUCAGUGGACACCAUUGAUGGUGGAAACACUGUUGUGAAAGCUAAGAAUAUCAUAAUUGCCACGGGUUCUGAUGUCAAAUCUCUACCUGGGAUUAUCAUUGAUGAAGAGAAACUUGUAUCUUCUACUGGUGCUCUGGCUUUGCAGCAGAUUCCAAAGAAACUUGUGGUCAUUGGAGCAGGCUAUAUUGGACUUGAAAUGGGCUCAGUGUGGGCCCGGCUUGAUUCAGAAGUAACUGUCGUUGAGUUUGCUCCAGAUAUUGUCCCAAGCAUGGAUGGGGAAGUUCGCAAGCAAUUUCAAAGUACACUUGAGAAGCAGAAGAUGAAAUUCAUGCUCAAAACUAAGGUUGUAGGAGUUGAUACUUCUGGAAAUGGUGUGAAGUUGACAGUUGAACCGGCAUCUGGAGGUGACCAGACAACUCUUGAAGCUGAUGGUCUUGUCUCUGCUGGUAGGACUCCAUUCACUGCUGGACUUGGGCUGGACAGGAUUGGUGUGGAGACUGACAAGGAUGGUCGAAUUUUAGUCAAUGAAAGGUUUGCAACAAAUGUUUCCAGUGUCUAUGCUAUUGGGGAUGUGAUUCCUGGCCCAAUGUUAGCACAAGAAGAAGAUGGAGUUGCUUGUGUAGAAUUCAUAGCAGGCAAACACGGCCAUGUCGACUAUGAUAAGGUCCCUGGAGUUGUCUAUACACAUCCUGAGGUUGCAUCUGUUGGUAAAACUGAAGAGCAGGUUAAGGCACUUGGUGUUGAGUACCGUGUUGGGAAGUUCCCUUUCUUGGCAAACAGUCGUGCCAAGGCAAUUGAUGAUGCUGAAGGGUUAGACAAGAUAAUUGCAGAGAAAGAGACAGACAAAAGAUUGGGAGUCCAUAUCAUGGCGCCAAAUGCUGGAGAGCUCAUUCAUGAGGCAGUGCUGGCUCUUGCUUAUGAUGCUACUAGUGAGGACAUAUCACGUGUAUGCCACGCACAUCCAACAAUGAGUGAGGCAUUGAAGGAAGCUGCCAUGGCUACUCAUGACAAGCCCAUUCACAUCUAAAAGGAUCGAUUAUUACCUUCUUCUUUUCAUUUUUGCUGAACGACUUUCCAAAUUCCUUAGUAAAAACUGCCUCUGCUAUGUUCACCCUUUAUUGGAGCAGAUGGAAUGUUUGAAUAGGAAUUUGCCAUUCAUUUCCUUAUAUCUAUAUGAGAAUAACUAAACACGUCCAACAUUCAUGAUAGAUGAGUACAUGUAUUUUUAGUCAAUGGUCUUUACUAAUUGUCCGGGAAUGUUUGUGCAGCUGGGAUUUAUUCUAGGUUCCACUGGACUUUCACUUGUGAUCUGCAGAAUUGUCAGUGGAGAUGGUUGUUGGGAUCCCAUCCUAAUUGCUGAAUUCUUAAUUCAGUUUCCAGCCUAUUUGUGGCAUUCAUGCAUUA